AUGAACAGCGUCGGGGAGGCUUGCACUGACAUGAAGCGCGAGUACGACCAAUGCUUCAACCGCUGGUUUGCUGAGAAGUUUCUCAAGGGGGACGGCUCCGGGGACCCGUGCACCGACCUCUUCAAACGCUACCAACAGUGUGUCCAGAAAGCCAUCAAGGAGAAAGAGAUUCCUAUUGAAGGCCUGGAGUUCAUGGGCCAUGGCAAAGAGAAGCCCGAAAACUCCUCCUGACCUGCCUGCCCUGGGAAGAAGUCAGUGAACGAGAGGCCUCUGGGUGUUGUCAGGAGAGGCCGGGAAGUUGGCAUGGGAUUCAAACACUGUAAAGGUGUUCUCCUCCAUUCCCCAGGAGCCACUGUCACGCCUGCUUUGAGGCAACUUUGCUUUUGCUGGCAUCUUGCAGGAACUCCUCGUGCUACAAUGGAUCGGCUUCUUGGGGUUUAUGGUUGCAAACUAUGGUCUGGAAUCAGCUCUCACUGGUCCUUGGAUGUGAAUGUGGUAAACUGGUCAUGAUCAAGGCUGACAGCGUCUGCUGCACAGGACACUGGUUGUACCAUGUGGGAGGCAUUGCUCACGAUGGUCAGGACCUCUUUCCUCUCAGGGAGCUAAUGCUCUGAAUAGGGAUGCGGACACAACCAAUCGUUUCAAUCACUGCUUGGAGACAUGAUUGUAUUUUUAUAGUAACAGUUUUAGCUGCUGGUGGCCUGGGUUAUGGGAGUACGAGACAGCUGUCCUGAGCUCCUGCCUUAACAAGGUGUCAGCUUAUCAUUCAGAAGCUUCAGAGAUGACUCCACUUUGGAGCUCACAGCACUCUCAUAACUCCGACCCCUGGGGCUGUGCACGAGUCACCUGCACUGCAGGUUCGCUGUUGCUGACUUUCAACUCCACGAAUUCAAGUCAAUGUGCAUACCACAGAAAAGGCAAAAUGCAUCCGGCUAAGUGGGGGAAAGGUGCUUACUGAUUUUUGUUUGCCUACCAUACCCUAAGUCUGUAAUCAUGAAAUAGAAUAAAUCUUAAAAAUCAAAUUUUACUCUUCA